AUGGCGAUAGGGGAACGCUUCGACCCGGACGCGGAUUGGAGGUGCGCGGAGUGUAAUAAUUCGAAUUUUUCGUGGCGGAAGAGCUGUAAGCGAUGCGGGGCUGGGAAAUCGAAGGAAUUGAAAGAGCGCGAGCGCGCGGCGCAGGCUGGGUGGUUGUUGGAUGGGUUGGAGGACACGACGAAUCGAAUCUUUAUUAAAGGUUUCGACGCCGCGAGCACGAGCGAGGACGAUUUGCGAGAGGUGUUCUCGGGGAUCGGGAUCAUCUCCAGGGUGCGGCAGCGCACGGGAUUCCCAGAUCAAUGGCCGUAUGCGGUGCGCAUAUACCUGGAUGAACGAGGACAAAAGAAGGACGAGGCGGUGAUUACGUACGACGACCCGCACGCCGCGCAGUCGGCGCCGAGCUUUUACGACGGGUACGAGUUGAACGGGAAGAAGCUCCACGUAUCCAUCGCGCAAAGUAAGCCGAAAUCUGCGCCACCACCGUCUUCGGGUGGUGGUGGUGGUGGCGGCGGUGGCGGCUACGGCGGCGGCGGCUACGGCGGCGGCGGUGGACGUGGCUACGGCGGCGGUGGACGCUCGUACGGGGGUGACCGACGCGACGAUCGAGGCGGAUAUCGCGACGAUAGAGGUGGAUAUCGCUCGCGGCCGUACUAA